AUGGGGAGCUGUUUGAGCAAGAAAAGUGCUUAUUGUUCUUCGCCACUGUCGUCUUCUCCGGUCGGACUCCAAAAACCUCCAGAAAACCUUCAAAAAUGGGAGCCCCAUUUGGAGAAAAAGAAGACGGAAGACGAAAAUGUGGUUAAAAAAGAGAUCUUUGUCAUCAGGCACCGCAAAAGCCACGAGAUUGAGCGGCAGAGGCCGCCGGCCGACGAGGAGAACGGCGAAAACGCGAAGUCCGAUGUCGAUAAGGGUACUAAUGUGGUGGCGGGGAAUGGGAACGCCGUUGUUGGGGCCGCCUCCGUGAGGACUUCGAGCUGCACCAAGGAGGAGGUGGACGCCAUCCUCAUACAGUGCGGCCGCCUCAGCCGGAGCUCCUCCUCCGGUAAGGCCGCCGCCGGCGCCGCCCCGCCGCCGGAGGGCGGCGGGGGUAGAAGGUACUCGGGCUCGAAGAGGAGCUUCGAUUUCGACGCCGAGGGCGCCGGCGGUGGGGAAGCGGCGGCGAGGGAGAGGGAAGACCGUCAGGGGGAGCGGCGCCGCCAGUCCCAUGGGCGGCGGAGGACUCCGAGCAGGGAGAGGGAGCAGCAACAGCAGCGCUCCGGCAGCAGGGAAAGGGGCGGCAGUCGGCGGGUGAGCAGAUCUCCGGGAAGGAGAUCCGAAUCCCCAAUCUCUUCUUCUGCUGCAAAUUCCAAUUCGAAUCAGAAUUCAUCUGCGGCCGGCGCCAGUGCUGGUUGUUCGAGGCCAGGGAAGAUGGUCUCGGUGCCGGCCACGGUGUCCUCUAUGGCUAUGGACAAGAGCCAGGAUGCCGCCGGAGUCGAGACUGGUGCAGCCACGGCCGGCUCUGUUAGAAGGAUCCAAGUGAAGAGGAAUGUGUCCCCACGCACCAGGUCUCCGGCGAGGACGAGGUGUCUGAACGACGGUCAGAAUGCGAAUAUCGGCCCCAACCAGCAGCAGAUAAUGUCACUUAGCCGGAGCAAUUCGAGGAAGGAGCAUUCACCUUACAGGAGAAACCCACUUGCUGAGAUUGACACCAACAUUGUCCCACAGGCUUCGAUCCAGAAGCCAUAUGCCGACAGCAAAACAACCCAAGCGGCCGAGGCCAAAAAUAACAAGAACCUGGAGCCAACUGCACUAGAAACACCAGGGAUCCCGAGCCACGUCUCGCUCGACGCGGUUGCUCCGUCCGGGCCCGAAAACCCGAAACCCCAACCCUUAAUCCGCUCUCGAUCCUCCCGCCUGUCCCGUGACCUAGACACCAUCAACCCCACAAACCCGAACAACUACACAGCCCUCCUUCUAGAAGACAUCCAAAACUUCCACCAAAAGAACAACAACAAUCAACCCGCCUUCUCCCUCCCACCUUGCGUCACCAAGGCCUGCUCGAUUCUCGAGGCUGUUGCAGACCUCAACUCCAGCACAGGCUCCAAUUUCAAGAAGACGAAGGCUGGGGAGGCCAAGGACCCUAUUCUGGAGUCGGAGAUUGUGGCUAAAGACGAUUUGAUGGAGCCGAGCUUUCAUAAGUAUGUUACGGUGAGGAGGGGCUCAUUGGAAGAGGAUGAUGAUGCUGCAGCAGGUGAGGAAGAAUCUUCCGGAAGUAAUAGCUUCGCUGCUGCCAGCGGGAGCCAGUGGCUGAUGUCAUCAUCUUCUGGUUGGGAGCCGAAUUCAGCUGAGUCGACCGACAGGUGGACUUCGUCUUCUUCUUGUUCAAGGUCAGUUGUGAGGCUUGCAGGGUCAGUUGAUGAGAGUGGGAAGAAAGUGGCCAGUGGCGGUAAGAAGAGGGAUUCGGAGAACGGAAUUGAGCGAGGUCGACUGGGCACACGAAGUUCUCACGUGACGGGCAAUAGUUCUGCUGCUUAA